AUGAAGUUCAUUGCGACUGCCCUUCUCUUCGCUGCGGCCACUCUGGCUAUGCCCUCCGCUCCUUGUGAUAAAGAUGGCAAGCACAGUGAUGGCUCAAGCGACGAUAGCUCCAACAACAUUACCUACGAACAAGCGAGCGCAAAGUGUGGCAACGACGCCGUUGUGUCUUGCUGCAACAAGGAGACCGUCACUGGCUCGGUGACUAGCGUCAACAACGGUCUUCUGGCUGGCGUGCUGUCGAACGCUAUCGCUGGCGGUCCUGGCAGCGACGGACUUGGUCUCUUCAACGGAUGCAGUGAUCUUAGCUUGGGUGUCCCUGUCGCCAGCUUGCUCAGCGCCCAGAACAUUCUCAACAAAAAGUGCCAGCAGAGUAUUGCCUGCUGCCAGAACAGUCGUUCUGAGGCUAACGGCGACCUGGUCGGCGUUGCUCUUCCAUGCGUUGCCUUGGGUAGUCUGAUCUAA